AUGAUGAGAGUGUUGGAAUUAUAUAGCGGUAUUGGUGGAAUGCAUUAUGCUCUUCAAGAAAGUGGUAUUAAAGGUGAAGUUAUUGCUGCAGUUGAUAUAAAUACCAUUGCAAACAAUAUAUACAACUAUAAUUUUCCAAAUGUAUUAAUUAUGAAUUGUAAUAUUCAAUCGCUUUCUGCACAAGAGAUAAAUAAUUUAAAUAUAAAUACUAUAUUAAUGAGUCCUCCAUGUCAACCUUAUACAAGAGUUGGACUUCAGAAAGAUAUAUUGGAUAACAGAUCUUCUUCAUUACUUCAUGUUCUUUCAUUAAUUCCUCAAAUAAAAACAUUGAAAUAUAUACUGCUUGAAAAUGUAAAAGGAUUUGAAAAAUCUGAAAUGAGAAAUGCAGUAUUAAAAUGUAUGAAUAAGUGUGGAUUUAAUUACAAAGAAUUAAUUUUAAGUCCUUGCAAGUUUGGUAUCCCAAACACUAGAUACAGAUAUUAUCUGUUGGCUAAAAGAAAGGAUCUUGAAUUUUGUUUUGAUCACUGUAUAUUAAAUUUUGAUUUACCAGAAGCUGUUUUAAGGGUUCUACCAAAAAGUAAACAUAAUUUAUUGGCAGAAAAAUGUUCACAAAGUUUUAAAACAGGUAAAAAUUGUUACAUGUUAGAAAAUAUUUUAGAAAAUGUUGAAGAAUCACAAUAUUUAAUCCCUAAAAAGUUGUUGCAAAAGAGAGCUUGGUUGUUAGAUAUAAGAACAUCACAAAGUGAUGGUUCUUGUUGUUUUACAAAAGCUUAUGGCCACUAUGUAAAAGGAACAGGUUCUGUAUACUCUCCAUAUUCAGAAGAACUGAUUAAGGAAACAUUUGUCAAAGCAAACAAGUCUGAUAAGCAAUCAUUGGAAGUAUCAGAAAUUCUGGGAAAAUUAAUGUUGCGAUAUUUUACACCAAAGGAAGUGUGUAGAUUAAUGUGUUUUCCUGAAGACUUCAUAUUUCCAGAGCAUGUUACAUGUAAACAAAAAUAUAGGCUUUUGGGAAAUUCAAUUAAUGUACACGUAGUUAGUAGACUAAUAUUUUUAUUAUAUACUGAAAAAAAAAUUACAUGA